UGUCAUUGUCGCUUCCUAACCUAAAAAAUUUCGGGGGUUUCUUUUUCCGUGAGCUUGUGCAACACCUAACGAGCGAAACCAAAAAUUUAGGGCAUUUCAAAGUAGAAUAACCACAAAAAAAUGUCCGCGGCACAAUUUUUCAACCGAAUCGGCCAAGUGGGCCUGGGCAUAGCGCUCGCCGGAGGCGUGGUAAACUCUGCCCUGUACAACGUAGACGGGGGACACCGUGCCGUAAUAUUCGACCGAUUCCAAGGUAUCAAAAAAGACGUUAUCGGCGAGGGUACUCACUUUUUCAUCCCGUGGGUCCAGCGUCCGAUCGUUUUCGACGUCAGGUCGAGACCCAGGAACGUUCCGGUGAUCACGGGGAGCAAAGAUCUCCAAAACGUCAACAUCACCCUUCGUAUCUUGUUCAGACCGGUGCCAGAUCAAUUACCGAGAAUUUACACCGUUUUGGGGCAGGACUAUGAAGAGAGGGUGCUGCCCUCCAUCACCACAGAAGUACUAAAGGCUGUUGUAGCCCAAUUUGAUGCUGGAGAGCUUAUCACUCAGCGUGACCUUGUAUCACAAAAGGUGAACGAUGACUUGACUGAGAGAGCUUCACAGUUCGGAGUGAUUUUGGAUGAUAUUUCGAUUACACAUUUAACUUUUGGCAGGGAGUUUACUCAGGCUGUUGAAUUAAAACAGGUGGCACAACAAGAGGCUGAAAAGGCCAGGUUCCUAGUAGAAAAGGCUGAACAAACUAAAAAAGCCACAGUAAUCUCAGCCGAGGGUGAUGCACAAGCGGCCACAAUGCUUGCCAAAGCAUUUGGAGAUGCCGGCGAAGGUUUGGUGGAACUGAGAAGGAUAGAAGCUGCAGAAGACAUUGCUUACCAACUAUCUCGCUCCAGGCAAGUGUCUUAUCUGCCUGGGGGACAAAAUUUGCUCUUGAACGUCCCAACUCCAGGAAAUUAGGCUUCAGUUCCCCUUUGGAGGUUUAAAUUGCAUUUUGGUUGCAGUCAGUUUUAUUUUAUAUUGAUUGUGUACAUUUUCUGGUAGAAUGCCGAAGAGUGGUAGCAAAUAAAUUGGUACUGUUGUGUA